UCCGCCUUUCCCACAAUGCCCCGUUCCGGAAGUGGGCCUCUCUGGCCGGAGGAGGAGCAGCGUCCCGGCGCAGAGGCCACAGCGACGGACGCGGCGGCGUCCGCCUCACAUGAGGAGACCGAGGCCCGGCGAAGCCAAGCGUCCCGCCCGCGUCCCGCCGGGAUCAGAACCCGCGUCCUCCGCCUCCCGGGCCUCCCGCCGCGGCGGAGCCGGGCGCGAGUCUCCGCGAUGGGCAAGAGGCGGGCCAAGGGCGGGGCCGGGCCGGCCGACGGGCCCCCGGAGGCGCCGGGGCCCGGCUGCAAACACGUGCGCAAGGGACUGGAGCAGGGGACGCUGAAGAGGGUCCUGGCGGGCACGGCGGCCUGGGGCGUCUGCCAGGACUGCCGGGCCGACGCCGGGGCCCGCCGCGAGACGGCGGCGGCGGCGGCCGGCCGGGGCCCCUCCGUCUGGCUCUGCCUCAAGUGCGGACACCAGGGCUGCGGCCGGGACUCCAGAGAGCGGCACGCGCUCAGGCACUUCGAGGCCCCGAGGUCCGACCCCCACGCCCUCGUGCUCGGCCUGGACGACUGGAGCGUCUGGUGCUACCUGUGCGACGACGCCGUCCCCUACGGCGGCUCGAAGCAGCUGGGCCAGACGGUGGAGUACGUCAGGAGGCGCGCCGGCCGCGGGACGCCCGAUCCAGGGUCCGAGGCCCGAGACGGCCCGGGGCUGGAAAACGAGAAGCUGGAGAAGGACAGCAGGAACGAGCAGAAGAGGGACCGGAGGGAAGGGCCGGAGAACGGGGGCCUGGCGCCCGCCGCCCCCGGCGGCCUCGGGCCCGUCAGGGGGCUCAGCAACCUGGGCAACACCUGCUUCUUCAACGCGGUCAUGCAGAACCUGUCCCAGACCCCGGUGCUCCGGGAGCUGCUCAAGGAGGUGAAGAUGUCCGGGACGAUCGUCCGGAUCGAGCCCCCCGAUCUGGCGCUGACGGAGCCCCUGGACGUGGCCCUGGAGCCCCCCGGCCCGCUGACCCUCGCCCUCGGCCAGUUCCUCGGCGAGAUGCAGGAGAACGCCAGGGGGCCCGUGACCCCGCGAGAGCUCUUCGCCCAGGUCUGUAAAAAGGCCGCCCGCUUCCGGGGCUACCAGCAGCAAGACAGCCAGGAGCUGCUCCGCUACCUGCUGGACGGGAUGCGGGCCGAGGAGAGCCAGAGAGUGAGCGCCGGGAUCCUCAGAGCGCUCGGCAAGUCCACCGAGAAGCCGGACGACGAACUCGGAAGGAGAGUGAAAGAGUACGAGAAGAAGAGGUCGACGCCGAGCUUUGUGGACCGGAUAUUCGGGGGCGAACUGACCAGCACCAUCAUGUGCGACGAGUGCCGCACGGUGUCCUCGGUUCGCGAAUCUUUCCUCGACCUGUCUCUGCCCGUCUUGGACGACCAGAGUGGGAAGAAGAGCCCGAACGGGAAGAACGCGCCCAGGUCCGAGGAGGACGAGGACGAGGAGGAGGAGGAGGACGACGGCGGCGGCAGCGACCGCUACGUCAAGGCCAGGACCGAAACCCCCCCGGGCGGCAGCAGGCACCUACUGAAGCAGGCCAAGAAGCAGGCCAAGAAACAGGCCAAGACCCAGCGCCGCCAGCAGAAGGUCCAAGGGCGCGUCCUUCACCUCGACGGUAGCCGCCGGCCCCCGGGCCCCCCCGCGGCGGCCCCCGAAGGGAACCGAGCGCCGGCCCCGGGAGGGCCCGAACCCGGCCUCGGGCCCGAGGAGGACGACGAGGACGACGAGGAGGAGGAGGAGGGGGCCGGGAGCCCCGGGGGCCGGACCGCCGGCCUGGGGGACCCUCCGCCGGACGGCGGGGCGAGGGGAGAGGACCCGGCCGCCCGCCUGGCCGGCCUGCGCCUGGACGCCGCCCCCCGGCCCGCCGGCGGGGAGAGCGGGGCCGAGGGCCCGCCGGGCGAGGCGGCGGCCGGCCGGGACCCCGAGGCGGCCUUCUGCACGCUGGCCGGCCGGGAGGCCGCCGUGGCCGACGAGGGCUCCGUCCGCCACUGCCUCUACCGCUUCACCCGCAACGAGAAGCUGCGGGCGGCCGACCGGCUGCUCUGCGCCGUCUGCACCCGCCGCCGCGGCCCGGGUGAAAGGAAGCACGUUUACACCAACGCCAAAAAGCAAAUGCUCAUCUCCUCGGCUCCUCCCGUCCUCACCCUGCACCUGAAGAGGUUUCAGCAGGCCGGGUCUGCCCUGCGCAAGGUUAACCGGCACGUAAAGUUUCCCGAAGUGAUGGACCUGGCCCCCUUCUGCACCAGCAAGUGCAAGAACGUCCCCGAGGGCCACGGGCGGGUCCUGUACUCGCUGUACGGCGUGGUGGAGCACAGCGGGACCAUGAGGUCGGGCCACUACACGGCCUACGCCAGGACGCGGCCCGCCAGCGGCCACCUCUCCGACCUCGUCCUCCGCGGGGAGAUGCCUCAAGAGUCGGAGAGCGAGACGACUAAAGGGCAGUGGUUCCACGUGAGCGACACCCACGUGCGGGCCGUGCCCGCCACGCACGUGCUCAACUCCCAGGCCUACCUCCUCUUCUACGAACGCGUCCUGUGACGGGGCCCGGCCCCCGCGCGGGGAUUCUCUGGCCGGGGCCUGAGUAAAAAUUCGCAACCACC